GCACCGGACUUUCACGUGUUGCGUUACUUAGUUGCUAGGUGGCAGCUGAAUAUGAGUGAUGAACUAGUACUGUUAGAUGCUCAGUGUGCUUUCAUUUUGGGACAACAUCAACUGGCUCUUAAAACAAUUCAAAAGUUGAAGUCGGGUUCUUCAGACGUAGAAUUGCAGGCUAAUGUGCUUACUUAUCAAGUAUACAUAGCUCAAAAAAAGUAUGGAGUUGUGCUCGAUGAAAUUUCUGAGGACGCCAACGAGCCAGAGCUGAAGCUUCUUCGGCUCUUGGCGACGUACCUUUCGAAAGGUGUAUCUGAGUAUGUCUAUAUUCCAGUAAUAAUGGCGGCAAACCUUUAAUGUUUUCCCAUAUUUGAAGGGACGCUGUGGUAAAACAGCUUGACAGAAUACUGGAACAACAUAUGGAUUUAAGCCAAAGUGCGAUUGUCAUUGCAGCAACUAUAUAUCUUCAUUUAAAUAUGGUGGAAUAUGCUUUGAAAACCUUAAAUAAUGGGAGCGACACGUACUGCAACGCUUUAACAGUUCAGUGUUUACUUCACAUGAAUCGUUGUGAUCUUGCUGGCAAGGCUGUUCGACGUAUGCAAACUGCAGAUGAAGAUUCUUUAGCAGCACAACUUGCCGCAGCUUUAUACUACGUGAAAAAAGGCGGUGAUCAGCUACAAGAAGCCAUUCACAUAUAUGAAGAACUUAAAGAAAAACAUGGACCUUCAACUUUACUGUUAAAUGGUCAGGCUACAGCUUUGAUGGGUAUGAAUAAUUGGGUUGAAGCCGAACCAGUCCUUCAAGAAGCUAUUGAUUUGGAUAGUAAUAAUCCUGAUACAAUUGUAAAUAUGAUUGUGGUUUAUCAUCAUUUAGGAAAACCGGCUGAGGUAAGAAUGUGUUUAUUUGCAAACAAAAAAAACUUGAAUUGUCCACUUUUCUUUAAAAAAAAACAGACUAUCAACAGAUUAAUAUCUCAACUACGGGAUUGUUGUAAGGAUCAUCCAUUCCUUUUAGAUUAUGCAGAGAAGGAGGAUGAAUUUACACGUUGUGCAAAACAUUAUGCUCCAAGUGUACCAGGAUAAUAUUCAUUUAUAUUUUGUAUCAGUUUCUAUUAUCAUAAUAACUUUUAUUUGUUUUGUUUCUUUUUACUUUUUUUGUCAUUUAGUCUAAAAUAAAAUGGUGUUGAUUAUG